UAACACAAUAAUAAUAUUGAAGAAUUAGAGACAUGGCACGGUUCCAAUUCCCAGCAUUAUGGCAAGCAUGCCUAGCCUCAGCCUUCAGAACAGCCCUAGCAUGCACCAUAGUGGGCUCCGUUACCCUCUUGGGCCCACCCUCCAUUCAAACCCUCAUAACCUUCCCUGCAUUCUCAUACGUCUCUCUCGUUCUCAUCAUCAUCAACGACGCCACCUUCGGAGACACCUUUCGAGCAUGCUGGCUCGCCCUCUACGCCACCAUCCAAGCCAUCGGCCCCGCCAUGCUCACCCUCUGGGUUGUACACCCAGCCCGCUUGUCCAAUGCCACCACCGCUGUGGCCGUCGCUGUGGCUGCCUUUGUGGUGGUUCUUCCUUCGGAUCGGUCAACGCAUUUGUUGGCAAAGAGAAUAUCGCUUGGUCAAAUAGUGCUUGUUUAUGUGACAGGUUAUGCUAAUGGAGUCCACACUAAUCCUCUCAUGCACCCUUUACGCUUGGCUGCAAGUACUGCACUUGGCGUCAUCGCUAGCCUUCUUGCUUUGCUUCUUCCCUAUCCUCGUCUUGCCACUUACGAGGUAAAGAGAAAUUACAAGGUAUUAAGGAAGAGUAUGUUGAAGAGAAUGCAAGUGCUAAUAAAGGUAAUAUGCGAGGAUGACAUCAAUUCUGCGUCUGCACAUGCAUUAGUCACUCAUGCUAAGUCUUUCGUAACUACUCAGACCAAGCUCUUUCAAGCCAUCAUCAGCCGUCAAGAUAGCAUAUGGUGGGAGAUACCUCUGCUUAAGGUUUUCAGGUUGCAUUGCUGGGUCCCAAUGAAGAGGCUUCAACAGAUAGAUACCAACCUCAGAGGGAUGGAAUUGGCUUUGAAAAGUACCAACUCAUUCCCAGUCAACAUUGUUAUUCUCAAUGAAGACCUUAAACAUGGCCUUAGCACACUAGAGGAACAUGUUACCUUAACCACAAAACAUGGGGCUUCCCUAACUGUUCCUGAAUCAAGCACAAAAGCCACAACAACUUUCCUCCAAUCAUUUCAUACCAUGCCAACAACCCACCAAGAUUUACCCACUUAUUUCUUCUUAUUUUGUGCCAAACUCCUUCACAACACAUCCUUCACUAGUACAUCAUGUGUUAUACACAAGGACAAAACUCAAAUUUCCCCAAACAGUAAAGGAAACUGGGCUAACUGGGCCAUAAUAAUGGGAAACACAAAUCUUGUUCCAGCAAUUAAAUUUUCAAUCUCAUUGGGCCUUGCUGUGUUCAUGGGAUUAACCUACAGCAAAGAGAAUGGGUUCUGGGCCGGUCUUCCUGUUGCAGUUAGCUAUGUUUCAGGAAGGGAGCCCACAUUCAGAGCAGCAAAUGUAAAGGCCCAAGGAACAGUGUUAGGAACUGUGUAUGGAGUUUUGGGCUGUUUUGUCUUCGAGAGAUUUUUGCCAAUUAGAUUUCUUUCUCUCGUUCCAUGGUUUAUUUUUGCAAGCAUCCUUCAAAGAAGCCGAAUGUAUGGCCCAGCAGGUGGCAUAUCUGCAGUUAUUGGGGCUGUUCUAAUCCUUGGUAGGAAAAAUUUUGGCCCACCAAGCGAAUUUGCCAUUGCAAGAAUCAUUGAAACUUUUAUUGGGCUUUUAUGUUCUAUUUUUGUGGACCUCAUAUUCAUGCCUAAAAGGGCUUCUACUUUAGCCAAAGUUGGGCUCUCUCAAUGUUUGGUCACAAUUGGUGAGUCCAUUGGAUCAUUGGGCCUAAUUGGAGUUACAGGCAAAACUGAUUUGGAAGAUACAUUAAGAAAGUUUAGCAUACAAGUCAAUGAGCUAAGGAAGUUUGUGGUGGAAGCAGAAAUUGAGCCUAAUUUCUGGUUCUUAAAAUUUCAUGAAGAGUGUUAUAAUAAGCUUUUGGAAUCAUUGUCAAAUUUGGUGGAUCUCUUGCACUUUGGAGAUCAAGCAUUGAAGUUUAUCCAACAAGAAUUUCAUAUGGCGGAUGAGAUAUAUGAUGAGAAAGAGGAUGUGAAUAUGCUACAAGAUGAACUUGGACACAUUAAGGAGUUGAUUUGCUCUUCAAUUCAACAUUUGGAGGAAAUAUCUAGAAUGAAAUCUCUUAAGGUUGUUGAGGAGGAGAUUGAGAGAAAGAGAAUCUCUAGUGAUCUUGAACAUGGAAAGUCAACUAAGUGUGAUGCAUGGAUGCUUUCUGUUUUGGGCAAGGAAGGAAUAGAGAAUAAGAUAGACUCUUUUCUUCAAAGGUCUACAAGUGUUGUUGAGAGCUUGUAUGAUGGUGAAAAUGAGAGAGAGUUGAAGAGCCAAAUUGUGGUGAGUUUGAGUGCUUUGGGUUUUUGCUUGAAGACUAUUAUGCAAGAGGUGAUGCAAAUUGAAGAGUGCAUGAAAGAACUUGUUCAGUGGAACAAUCCCAAUAGCGAGAUUAAUUUGUAUGAGAUAUCAUGUAACUUAUAUGCUUUGUACAAAUGAAAUUAAAGUCCAAGCUGUGUAUAAUCAUUUUUAUGA